CGCCACGAAAACGAAUGCUAUUCUGAACGGGCCCAAAAAAAUAAGAGGAAGCAUUUAUAGGCAGACUAAUUUCGAGGCCGAGGAAUUGGUUAAAUAAGGACAUUUAAACAAUUUUACAAUGGCGCCAUCACAAAAGGGAAAGCAAGGAACGAAAGGAGCAAAGCAGAUUGUAGAGGAAAACAAGGCCACACUAAAAUUUUAUAGGAACAUGGCAAUUGGAUGUAGCGCUGGCACCGUAUUGAUAAACUUGAUAUUUUUUGGCAUUAGCACAGUGACGGUGAUUAUGGGCAUCAUUGCCGUACUGUCUCUAACUGCCGCCGUACAGUUCAUGGUUUUCAUGUCGCGUCCAAAGUACUCGGAAAGCGGCACUAUUCUGGAUUCUGGUAACGAUUUGAAUAUGGAGGGCGGUAUUGCCGAAAAUGUAAAAGAUUUAAUCAUUCUGACAUCAGGCACACUCUUACUUUCCCUGCUAUCCAACUACUUCUGGUUCCUCUUACUCUUGGCGCCUUUGCGGGCCCUCUGGAUGUUGUGGGGUAGUGUAAUUCAGCCUUGGCUGUCACAACGUAACGCUGCCAACCAAGAACCAGAGUUGGAUGAAAAGAAGCAACGUAAACUUGAGCGUAAAAUGCGGCGAAUGAGAUGAGGGUCUAAUAUGCGCUAAAAGGUCAGCUUACAAAUACAGUGCCAAGAGAGCCUUAAGGGAAAAUCCAAUUAAAAUUUCGUUGCAAAUGCGAAUGAUGCCU